AUGGGCAAAAUCGCAAAGAUCGAAUACUUCCGCGUCCCGCCGCGAUGGCUCUUCGUAAAGAUCACCGACGAAGAAGGCAACUUCGGCUGGGGCGAGGCUUCCCUCGAAGGCCAUACACAAGCAGUGGAAGGAUGUCUUGAUUCCUGGAUAGAACGAUACAUAGGCUUCGAAGCUGAUGACAUCGAGCACAUUUGGCAGAUGUCAUGGCGGACCAGCUUCUACAGAGGCGGACCCGUCUUCAUGAGUGCCCUAGCCGGCCUGGACAUCGCCCUCUGGGAUCUCAAAGCCCGUAAACUCAAUGUACCCAUCUAUCAACUUCUUGGCGGUAAAGUACGCUCUAAGCUCAAGGUCUAUGCCUGGAUAGGUGGCGACAGACCCUCCGAUGUAGAAACGCAAGCCCUUGCUCGUAAAGCGCAAGGCUUUAGAGCAGUGAAGAUGAACGCCACCGAAGACAUUGGAUGGCUCGAUGCACCUUCAGCUUUAGAUUCUAGCGUAGAAAGACUGAAGGCUGUGAAGAAUCUUGGCAUGGAUGCAGGGAUGGACUUUCAUGGUCGAGUCCACAAGCCCAUGGCAAAACAAUUAGCCGCAGCUCUCGAACCGCAUCGCCCGCUUUUCAUUGAAGAGCCGCUACUUUCCGAACAUAUCGGCGGCAUCCAGGCGCUCUCCAGCCAUACGAGCAUCCCAAUCGCCCUCGGCGAGCGCUUGCACUCGCGCUGGGAUGUUCGUCCCUUUCUUGAAGGGCACUGCGUUGAUAUUCUGCAGCCCGAUAUCAGUCACGUAGGAGGCAUUUCCGAACUUAAGCGUAUAGCAGCCAUGUGCGAGGCAUACGAUGUGGCACUCGCACCACACUGCCCGCUAGGACCUAUUGCUCUUGCUGCAAAUAUUCAGGUUGAUGCUAGCGUAGCCAAUUUCGUGAUACAAGAGAUGAGUCUGGGAAUACAUUACAACGCCGGGAGCCAGGACUUGACGAGCUAUAUCAAGAAUCCAGAGGUGUGGAAGGUUGAUGAUGGAUAUAUUGAGUUAAUGACAGGCCCCGGACUGGGCAUUGAUGUUGACGAGGAGUGGAUUAGGAGCGAGAGCAAGGAUGCGAAGGCGUGGUACUCACCAGGGUUCAUUGGGCCGGGUGGCGAGAUACGCGAGUGGUAA